AUGCCCUCAUACUUCUACCAUAUUCUCCUGGAAUUGCUGAUAGCUGGUGGCGGUAAUAAUAAUAGUAACAACAAUAGUACUCCGACUCUAGCGGCCGACGAGCACGGCCCGGUUGCCAUUCAAUACGAGAACGAUAACCCUGAUACCUUUUCGCCAUUCUCGCCAUCCUCGUCGCAUCCACAUCCACAUCGACAUCCUUCUCAGCUACGCCUCCUGCUCGACGGAUCAGACAAAAACGACAUCGACAUCACGCUUCGGGGGUUCUGUGACGCGUUACAGCCCUUCCGGAACGGUCAUAAGAGGAGAGCUAGGGGCUCUGCUGGCAAGGGGGCAAGGGGUGGUGACGAUUGGGAUUGCCAUAAUAACCAGAAUAAUAGAAAUAGCAAUCGCCAUCUGAGGAGGAAGAAUUUUAGGGGCGGAAACAGCAACGGGAAUAGCGGCGGAGGGGAGAUUGAUAGGGAUCUUGUUGGAGGUGGUGUCCAUGAGACUCUUGCCAACACCGCAUCCAAAAAAACUCAACCUAUUACGCCCACUUCCAGGCUUGCAAACGACAAACGCCUCGAUCAAAUCUCCAUCGAGUGCAUCGACAUGGUUGUUCCAGAACAAAACCAGAACCAGAAACAAUCCCAGACCCGGAGUCAACAACAAACAGCCACGACCACCAGCCACCAACCCCAGCAGCCUCAACAACCAGCUACCAAAGGAAACAACAACAGCAGCAGCAAUAAUAAUAAUAACCCGAUAGCCAAGGGCAUUGGCACAAACGUCAUCGGGGGCCUAGCUACAAAGGGCAGAUAUGUCCCGCUCGACCAGAAAGUUUCAGAUAGCGCGUGGGGGAUCGUACAUUUAUACCGUGAUGCAGUGGAAACUUCUACCCUUUACAGGGACGACGAUGACCCGUCAUUUCUGAAGGGGUCGGCGCUCACACGGAGUGCGAUGCUUGACAGCCAUUCCAGCAACAAUGUUGGCAGGAAAUAUGGCCUUGCUGAUGACGAAAACGCUGGGUCUAGAGGAUCCGGAUCUUCAGCAGUAACAGACGCGGCCGCCCAUUCCACGGAGGAUUGUACCACUUUGUGCAUACUCGCGGUCCCGUCGUAUAUGUCUCCGUCGGACUUUUUAGGGUUUGUGGGCGACCAGACGAGGGACGAGGUUAGCCACUUUCGGAUGAUAAGGACGGCGCGGGCGAAUCGGUAUAUGGUUUUAAUGAAGUUUCGGAGCGGGAAAAGGGCGAAGGAGUGGCAGCGAGCUUGGAACGGGAAGGUGUUCAAUUCAAUGGAGCCCGAAACGUGUCAUGUCGUAUUUGUGAAAACCGUCGAGAUUCAGGUCGAAGCACCGGGGACAGAGAGCAAGUUUCCAGAUAUGAAUAAUGACCCCUUUACGCCCGCAACAACGAAUCAGGGCCUAGUAUCCUCAGCAUCCCCCCCUCCUCAAUCGAGUACGCUUUCUUCAACGUCACUGUCUACGAAACCAUUGGCGCCUCCAACGCCCUCGCUGAUAGAGUUACCGACAUGCCCCGUCUGCCUAGAGCGCAUGGAUGAGACGACAGGCUUGCUUACGAUCAUUUGCCAGCAUGUUUUCCACUGUACAUGCCUGCAAAAGUGGAAAGGCAGCGGAUGUCCUGUUUGCCGGUAUACGCAGGACGAAUUCGGCAAGAGGGCAGCUCAUGCCUUUGAUUUCGAUCAGGGCCCCGCAGAGUGUCGUGUGUGUCAUUCCGAGGUGAAUCUGUGGCUAUGUUUGAUAUGCGGCAACAUUGGCUGCGGCCGCUAUGACGAAGCUCAUGCCUUUGCACACUUCAAGGACACUUCUCACGCAUUUGCCAUGGACCUUGCUUCUCAACGUGUCUGGGACUACGUGGGCGACGGCUACGUGCACCGGAUCAUUCAAAACAAGUCCGACGGCAAACUUGUCGAGUUGCCCGCGGCGGGAGAGAGUGCGCUUGACCCGCCGGACUGGGCCGACGCGGUCCCCCGUGAGAAGCUGGAGAACAUGAGUGUGGAAUAUACACACCUGCUCACGAGCCAGUUGGAAAGUCAACGGACCUAUUUUGAAGAAGUCGUCGAGCGCGCGGCUGACAAAGCAUCAGUCGCGAACGCAGCUGCCACCGCUGCCCAAGAGGCUGCGGAAUCGGCAACGAAGAACCUCGCUGCGAUACAGGCGCAGUAUGACACGCUUCUCAAGGAGACGAUCCCGAAUCUUGAGCGCGACAAGGGUCGUGCGGAGCGGCGGGCGGAGAAGUUUGAGACCAUGGCGCAUCGGAUGGAGAAGGAGUGGCGCGAGGAGAAGGCUUUGAAUGGCAGUCUGCUGGAGAAGGUGGAGUUUUUGAAUGGGGAGGUGCAGAAGUUGACGGUUGCGAAUGAGGAUUUGCGGGAACAGAAUCGCGAUUUGAGCUUUUUUAUUAGUGGUGCGGAGAGGCUGAGGGAUCAGGGGGAGGAUGUGGUUGAGGGGACAGUUAGUGUUCCGGAGCCGGAGGAAGGGGCGGGAGCGGGUGGGAGGAGAAAGAAAGGGAAGGGGAAGGGAAGGAAGUAG